CUCCCUCCCGCAAGAUGGCAACAGCCGAAGACGAGCUGCUGCUGCCGCGGCUCCCCGAGCUGUUCGAAACCAGCAAGCAGCUUCUAGACGAAGUGGAAGUAGCGACUGAACCCACCGGUUCGCGAGUGAUCCGGGAAAAGGUGUUCAAGGGACUAGACCUCCUUAAGAAGGCUUCCGAAAUGUUUUUCAGCCGAAACGAAGAUUUGGAAGAGAUUGCUUCCACCGACCUGAAGUACCUGAUGGUGCCAGCAUUUCAAGGAGCGCUCACCAUGAAACAAGUCAACCGCAAGCGUCUAGAUCAUUUGCAGUGGGCUCGAGAACACUUUUUAAACUACUUAAUUCAGUGCCAGUACUAUCAUGUGGCAGAGUUUGAGCUGCCCAAAACCAAGAACAACUCAACUGAUAAUGGCACUGCUAGUUCCUCCAUGGCCUAUCCUAGCCUCGCUGCUAUGGCAUCUCAGAGACAGGCUAAAAUAGAGAGAUACAGGCAGAAGAAGGAAGUGGAGCAUAGGUUGUCUGCACUGAAAUCUGCUGUGGAAACUGGUCAAGCAGAUGAUGAGCGUGUUCGUGAGUAUGACCUCCUUCACCUUCGAAGGUGGAUUGGUAUCAGCUUAGAAGAGAUUGAGAGCAUUGACCAGGAGAUGAAGAUCCUGAGAGAAAAAGACUCCUCACCAGAGGCAUCAACUUCUCAUUCAGCUCGUCAGGACAGGCCUCCAAUGAAACCCUUCAUUCUCACACGGAAUGUGGCCCAAGCCAAAGUAUUUGGAGCUGGUUAUCCAAGUCUGGCAUCUAUGACGGUGAAUGACUGGUACGAUCAGCAUCGGAAAUAUGGAGCAUUACCAGAUCAGGGCAUAGCCAAGACACCACCAGCAGAGCUCAAAAGAAGUACUCAGCAACAGGAAGAUCAGGAACAAAAGGAGGAGGAUGAGGAGGAUGAACAAGCUCUCCACAGAGCUCGGGAGUGGGAUGACUGGAAGGACACCCAUCCUAGGGGCUAUGGCAACCGACAGAACAUGGGUUAGCCCUCCCACAACAAGACCAAGAUGGGACUCCAGGAGUCACAUCUUCCCCUCCCCAGGCUCCUGCUUCAGCUGUGUACAACAAAGGCAAAAUAAAGUGU